AUGAAUAGAAAAGACAGGCCGGCGUAGUAGUCGGUAGAUGAUGUGCACUUGUAGGAGUUUAUAUAUAUAGCUAACAAGAAGAAUAUGUCGACGAAAAGGCGGUGGUGCAGAACAAGAAGGUGGUUCUGAGGAGGUACGUCACCGGCCGGUUCCCCACCGAAAAUGAUAUGGAGAUCAUUGUCGACACUAUCAGCCUGCGUGUGCCGUCGGGGCAGACAGCCGUGCUGGUCAAGAACCUGUACCUGUCCUGCGACCCCUGGAUGCGUGGCCGCAUGAACAAGCAAGACGACGGCCCCACCGUGCCGCCCCACGGAGAGGCCAUGGUCAAUUUCUCUGUGGGCAAUGUGAUGGACUCGACGCACCCAGACUUCACCGCCGGCGACCUCGUAUGGGGUAUGACUGGGUGGGAGGAGUACACCCUCGUCAUCCAGCCCGAAUCCCUGAGAAAGAUCAACCACACCGAGCUGCCGCUCUCCUACUACACGGGCGUUCUUGGCAUGCCAGGGCUCACUGCGUACGCCUGCUUCUUCGAGGUCGGGAAGCCGAGGAAGGGCGACUUCGUGUUCGUCUCGGCGGCGUCAGGCGCCGUCGGGCAACUCGUCGGGCAGCUCGCCAAGAUCGCCGGUUGCUACGUGGUCGGCAGCGCGGGCUCCGACGACAAGGUCGGCCUCCUCAAGACCAAGUUCGGCUUCGACGACGCGUUCAACUACAAGUAGAGAUGGCCAAACGGGCCGCCCGGCCCGGCCCGGCCCGGGCCCGGUGAAGCCCGGCCAAAAACCGGGCCGGGCCUGCUGUGCCAUCGUGCUCAAGUUCCUGUCCAAGCCCGGCCCGCAGCGGGCCUAAACGGGCCGGGCCGGCCCGUUUAGCACGAAAAAACGGGCCGAAAAGCGGGCUAAACGGGCCGGUAAGCACGUUUUAGUGUAAAAAAACCGGGCUUAACGGGUUUAGAGGUAAACGGGCCGUGCCGGGCUAGCCCGCCGUGCCUAGUUUCCUGUCCAAGCCCGCCCGCUUAUUCUACCGUGCCGGGUUCGGACCGGGCCCAAAAAGCGGGCUUCGUGCCGGGCUCACGGGCCUCGUGCUUUUUGGCCAUCUAUAACUACAAGUCCGAGGCCGACCUCGGCGCCGCGCUCAAGCGGUGCCUUCCCGACGGCGUCGACGUCUACUUCGACAGCGUGGGCGGCGCGACGCUCGACGCCGUGCUGCUCCAGAUGCGCCGCGGCGGCAGGGUCGCGGCCUGCGGCAUGAUCUCGCAGUACAAUCUGGAGGAGCCGUACGGCCUGCGCAACCUCUACUGCAUCGUCGCCAAGUCCAUCCGGCUGGAGGGGUUCUACUUUACUUCCUACAUGCAUGUGUACGCGAGGUUCGAGGAAGAGAUGGCUGGCUACAUCAAGGACGGGAAGGUCACCGUCGUCGAGGACGUCGUCGAGGGCAUUGACAGCGCACCGGCUGCUCUGAUAGGGUUGUUCUCUGGCAAAAACGUAGGGAAGCAGUUGGUUGCCAUUGCAAGGGCAUGAGUUGAAGCAGGAACUGAUCCGUUCUGGUGACCAGCUGAGCGAAAACAAGUAUUGUGUGCUACUACUUGAGUGAAGCCUCUUCUACCGAUCCUAGCUUGUUUAAAUAUAUAAGAGGGCACUGUUAUUGUAUAUUGCAAUAAAAAACAUAUUAUAGUUUGCAUUUCA